AAUGACAACUCACUGGACGAAGACUCUGGAGCAGCAACACUGGACGUAAUCCAUGGUUUCUCUGUUGCUAAAGAGAAUCUCCAUCAUUUCAGUCCUUCUAUUUCCGACAACCAACAUGAUUGGAGGCUGCAACUGAACUUAAUUUCAGCAAACUACAAUGACAACAUAAGGCUUUUCAGCGCACGACUAACUCUGCGUCGGUGCAGGACCGUCGCGCACUUGUGGCGUCACGACAGCAACGCCACAGGGACAAAACACAACUGUCCGGUUGCCGCUUGUUGAUGACGUGCCGUAUUUCAAGUUCACCCGGAAGACUGUCUUUUUCUUCUUUACCAACAGUGAAUUCAUUUCUUUCGAUCAGCAGAGUUAAAGACUUUUGAAGCUGAUUUUAAAUUCAAUUUCCACCGGGAAACACCGGAAGUGUUGUCAUAUGUGUUUUCUUUGGCGGAACUCCAGACAGCGACUCUGUUUCCCGGGACGUGAACACAGACAUAUCGCCGUCUUUGUGCGACGGAACGCUUGUGAGACCAGCAGAAAAGCGCAAUGAGAUUCUUUUGCUGAGUUGCUUGAUUUCAUCAUUUGCACUGAGCAAGAUGUCAGCAGAUGGGAAUCAUUCUUGUUUCACCAGAGCAGAUGGCACCGUCCCUUUCCUGGUCUGCGUCUUGCAUAUGUGGGAUGAAUGGGCUGCUCUUGGUCAACUGGAGGACUACCUAAAUGUUUUGGAGUACCUAUUGUGGGUCUUCACCCCUCUAAUCAUCGUCUUUGUCCUGCCUUUCCUUAUUGUCAUCCUCCUCUACCUCUCUAUCCUCUUCCUUCAUGUGUAUAAGAGGAAAAAUCAGCUUCGGGAAGCUUAUUGCAACAACUUGUGGGAUGGAGCAAGGAAAACUUUGGCCACACUGUGGGACGGACAUGGGGCCAUCUGGCAUGGUUAUGAGAUCCAUGGACUGGAGAAGAUCCCGAAUAAAGGACCUGCACUGAUCGUAUACUAUCAUGGAGCCAUUCCUAUUGACUACUAUUACUUUCUGGCCCGUGUUAUCAUCCAGAAGGGUCGGACAUGCCACUCUGUUGCAGAUCACUUUCUCUUCAAGGUCCCAGGCUUCAAGCUCUUGUGUGAGGUUUUUAGUGUUAUCCAUGGUCCUCAGGAGGAGUGUGUUCAGGCCUUGAAGAAUGGUCACUUGCUGGGAAUUUCUCCAGGAGGGGUGCGAGAGGCCCUUUUCAGUGAUGAGGCCUAUUCUCUUAUCUGGGGAAAUCGUAAAGGCUUCGCUCAAGUUGCCAUUGACUCAAAAGUGCCCAUCAUUCCAAUGUUCACUCAGAAUCUAAGGGAAGGAUUCAGAACUUUAGGGAAUCUCAGGUUUUACCGCUGGCUCUAUGAGAGGUUUCGCAUUCCAUUUGCACCUGUUUAUGGUGGCUUUCCGGUGAAGUUUCGCACCUUUCUGGGAGAUCCUAUUCCUUACGAUCCAAAGCUUAAUGCUGCAGAGCUGGCAGAAAAGGUCCGACUGGCUGUUCAGUCUCUAAUCGACAAGCAUCAGCAGAUUCCAGGGAACAUCCUGAGAGCUUUGCUGGAGAGAUUCUACAGUAAUCCAAGUGUGAAUUGACAGCAGGCUCCACACCUGCCUGUGCAGCGUUCCCUCAUUGCCAUUGAAGACUAACAAGAAAACAUAUUCCAUAGCUGUACACAUGUACUUCGUCCUAGUGCGUACUUUCCGAAGUUGAAGACAUACCUCUCCUGUCUGUUGAGAUCUGUACAGUGGGGAAAAGAAAAGUCGACUGGUUUCAUCCUUGUCGAUAAUGGCAUUCCACAAGAUUUCACUGGAAAGAAAUGUUGUUUUUGCUACGGUGUAGCUCCAAAACAUUCAUUACGUCAGUUGGUCGCAUCACUAUAAACUUAAAUCCAUGAACCCUUGAAUCAAAAUAUAUUGCUAAUAUUUGCGAUGAAAAGAUUUCGUUAUCAUCAGAUGUAAUGUUACAUCGUAUUGUAUUUAUGUUCAAGGUGUGUGUUUUGUUUAAAAAGUGUCUUAAUAAGAGUAUGUUUAUAUUGAACAUGAACGAAUAACUUAAGUUUGGUCUUGAUGGUCAACAUGCUAGCUUAGUGAUGUAUUCUUAAAUUAUUGUGUUGCAUUUUGAACAGGUGUUGGUCUCUUCUUGAAUAUGUGGAAUAAAUCUAUUUUAUUUAAA